CCGACGCCCCCCAAGCUGGCCCAGGCCACUUCGUCGUCUUCGUCCACCUCGGCGGCCGCCGCCUCCUCCUCCUCCUCGUCUACCUCCACCUCCAUGGCUGUGGCGGUGGCCUCGGGCUCUGCGCCCGCCGGCGGCCCGGGGCCAGGCCGCACCCCCGCCCCGGUGCAGAUGAACCUGUACGCCACCUGGGAGGUGGACCGGAGCUCGUCCAGCUGCGUGCCCAGGCUAUUCAGCUUGACCCUGAAGAAACUUAUCAUGCUGAAAGAAAUGGACAAAGAUCUCAACUCGGUGGUCAUCGCUGUGAAGCUGCAGGGUUCUAAAAGGAUUCUUCGUUCCAAUGAGAUUAUCCUUCCAGCUAGUGGACUGGUGGAAACGGAACUCCAGCUAACCUUCUCCCUUCAGUACCCUCAUUUCCUUAAGCGAGAUGCCAACAAGCUGCAGAUCAUGUUGCAAAGGAGAAAGCGUUACAAGAACCGGACCAUCUUGGGCUAUAAGACCUUGGCUGUGGGACUCAUCAACAUGGCAGAGGUAAUGCAGCACCCCAGUGAAGGCGCUCUGGUGCUCGGCCUGCACAGCAACGUGAAGGAUGUGUCUGUACCUGUGGCAGAGAUAAAGAUCUACUCCCUAUCCAGCCAGCCCAUCGACCACGAAGGAAUCAAAUCUAAGCUCUCUGAUCGUUCUCCUGAUAUUGACAAUUAUUCUGAGGAAGAAGAGGAGAGCUUCUCCUCAGAACAGGAAGGCAGUGACGACCCACUACAUGGACAGGACCUGUUCUACGAAGAUGAAGAUCUGCGGAAGGUAAAGAAGACCCGGAGGAAACUGACAUCAACCUCUGCCAUCACGAGGCAACCUAACAUCAAACAGAAGUUUGUGGCCCUCCUGAAGCGGUUUAAAGUUUCAGAUGAGGUGGGCUUUGGCCUGGAGCAUGUAUCCCGGGAGCAGAUCCGAGAGGUGGAAGAGGACUUGGAUGAACUAUAUGACAGUCUGGAGAUGUACAAUCCCAGUGACAGUGGCCCUGAAAUGGAGGAGACAGAAAGCAUCCUCAGUACCCCAAAGCCCAAACUCAAGCCAUUCUUUGAGGGGAUGUCGCAGUCCAGCUCUCAGACGGAGAUUGGCAGCCUCAACAGCAAGGGCAGCCUCGGGAAGGACACCACCAGCCCUAUGGAACUGGCUGCUCUAGAAAAAGUCAAAUCUACUUGGAUUAAAAACCAAGAUGACAGCUUGACUGAAACAGACACUCUGGAAAUCACUGACCAGGACGUGUUUGGAGAUGGGAGCGCGAGUCUGGCUGUGCCAGAGAAAGUCAGAACUCCCAUGAAGUCCAACAGGACAGACCCCCAGGGCUCCGCCUCACCCAGCAAGGUGGAAGGGGCGCACACACCCCGGCAGAAGAGGAGCACGCCCCUGAGGGAGAGGCAGCUCUCUAAGCCCCUGAGCGAGAGGACCAACAGCUCUGACAGUGAGCGCUCCCCGGACCUGGGCCACACCACACAGAUUCCAAGAAAGGUGGUGUAUGACCAACUGAAUCAGAUCCUAGUGUCAGAUGCAGCUCUCCCUGAAAAUGUCAUCCUGGUGAACACCACUGACUGGCAGGGCCAGUAUGUGGCUGAGCUGCUCCAGGACCAACGGAAGCCUGUCGUAUGCACCUGCUCUGCCGUAGAGGUCCAGGCCGUGCUGUCCGCCCUGCUCACCCGGAUCCAGCGCUACUGCAACUGCAACUCUUCCAUGCCCCGGCCAGUGAAGGUUGCAGCUGUCGGGGGCCAGAGCUACCUGAGCUCCAUCCUCCGGUUCUUCGUCAAGUCCCUGGCCAGCAAGACCUCCGACUGGCUCGGCUACAUGCGCUUCCUCAUCAUCCCCCUUGGUUCUCACCCAGUGGCCAAAUACCUGGGCUCUGUGGACAGCAGGUACAGCAGCGCCUUCCUGGACUCCAGCUGGAGAGACCUGUUCAGCCGCUCUGAGGCCCCAGUGUCAGAGCAACUGGACGUGGUGGGCCGGGUGAUGCAGUACGUCAAUGGGGCGGCCGCGACACACCAGCUCCCUGUGGCUGAGGCCAUGCUCACCUGCAGACACAAGUUCCCCGACGAGGACUCAUACCAGAAGUUCAUUCCCUUCAUUGGCGUGGUGAAGGUGGGUCUGGUUGAGGACUCUCCCUCCACCGCAGGUGACGGGGAUGAUUCACCUGUGGUCAGCCUUACUGUGCCCUCCACGUCACCACCCUCCAGCUCCGGCCUGAGCCGAGAUACAACGGCCACUCCCCCCUCCUCCCCAUCCAUGAGUAGCGCCCUCGCCGUUAUGGGGAGUCCCAGUAGCCCAUAUGGGGAUGUGAUCGGCCUCCAGGUGGACUAUUGGCUGGGCCACCCUGGGGACCGAAGGAGAGAAGGUGACAAGAGGGAUGCCAGCUCCAAGAACACCCUUAAGAGCGUCUUCCGCUCGGUGCAGGUCUCUCGCCUUCCCCAUGGUGGAGAGGCCCAGCUUUCUGGCACCAUGGCUAUGACUGUGGUCACCAAAGAGAAGAACAAAAAAGUUCCCACCAUCUUCCUGAGCAAGAAGCCCCGAGAGAAGGAGGUGGACUCUAAGAGCCAGGUCAUUGAGGGCAUCAGCCGCCUCAUCUGCUCUGCCAAGCAGCAACAGACCAUGCUGAGAGUGUCCAUCGAUGGAGUUGAGUGGAGCGACAUCAAGUUCUUCCAGCUGGCAGCCCAGUGGCCCACCCAUGUCAAGCACUUUCCAGUGGGACUCUUCAGUGGCAGCAAGGCCACCUGAGGCCCUGUGCCCCGGCCACCCUCCCUCCUGGCACUGCCACCAGCCUCACCGCCUGCGGGCAGGGGGAGGCCAACAGGCCUGUGCCCAGCAUCCCCUUCCUUGGUACCAGCUCCUGCCUCUUACCUGCCCAGGCCUGAAGGACACUGCCACUGCACAGGCCACCCUGUGCCACCCUUGCUGCCUCUCCUCUCCUCUCCCUCUGCUCCAGGCUGAGGGCAUGUCAAUUUUCCCUUCUGGUGCCUAUAGUCCCCGGAACUGAGUCCUCCACCCGAUUUCCAGCCUCUUCCCGGUGACUCCAGUUCUUUUCCUGGAAUCCUGGUCCAUGACAGAAGAGCCGUCCUCCCUGCAGCCCCGCCAGCCUGAUGCCCCUCACUCUGUCCGCCUAAGGCGGGGCCCAGGGCCACUUCCCACUCCAGUAGAUUCCCCACCUGCCCCAUGGCUUCCCACUGUGGGGUAAAGAGGCUCCUUGAGCCCAUGGGACUCUUCCCACAGCACUCGGGGAUGGGAGGUGGCACCCUCAACCCAGGACUAUGUUGCUGAGGUGAUACACGUGUUUACUGGAUGAGGGGUCCUCCCAGUCUUCCCAUGCACGACUUCUUUCCAUCCCCUCCCUGUCCCCUGUAGAUGUCAUGUGCGUACCGAGUAUUUUUUUAUUUCUCUGCACGGCCAGUCUCUUGGUUGUUCUGUGUGACACGCCUUCUCUUUGUCCUUGUGGCUAGCACUCACCCCUCUGCCUCCACCCAGCCCCCCUCUGCCUAGACUCAGAAACGGGAGGCAGACCCCUCCUGCACAGUGUUGGCCCCAGCCACCAUAUCUUCCUCUCUCAUCCUGUCAUGUGGGGCUGUCUGCCCCUCCCAGCUCAUUCUUCCCCUCCUCCCAUCCAGUUGUCCUCUCAGCAGGCUUCUGGACUCCCUGACUCACCCCCCUCGGGUUGGAGCCCCUCCUGGCCUAGGACACAGGGCUUUCCCACCUGCCAGCAUUUCUUGUCCUCUCUCUCCUUCUUAGUGUUUUUUGCACAGAACUUCAUUUUGAAGGUUUUUUUCAUUCUCCACCCCUUCCCAAACUGUCCUCCAGCCCUGCCUGUGGUGUGGCCCUGCCCUCGGCUCAGCCCUGUGUCCAGAGCAAGUCCUGGGCUAGAGAGAGGAGAUGGGUGGAAGGGACUGAGGUGAUGUUGGGUUUUUCAUUCAAUAAACUGGUGAU